GCCUUUUGUAACUCAGAAGUUUAAAUUAUCCGCGAGCGUGCUAUGUCAAACUCAAAAAAACGAAGUUUUGUGUUGUCGAAUUCGUCAGUGAUACAAUUUGAUCGCUGUCAUUGUUCUAAAGGGCUUUAUGAAUGACAUUUAAGACUACGACUGUCUGACCGUGUCACUAUGCAACGGUAGAUCGACAUCAUUUAUAAGAUUGUUUUUCAUGUUAAAUGUGUUUCUGGACUAAACGAGUAUCUUUUAAACAUCAGUCAUUUUGCUCUCUUAGAUCACAGUGCACAGCGGUCAACACAAGAUCGAGAGAAUCUGUCCUAGUAAUGUUUCAGUCACAGAUUUCUGGUGGCAAGUGUAAAGGUCUUUUCUGCUACAUAACCAGGACAUACGUGGACUUCACUGAAUUUGACCUUUCAUUGCAUAUGUCGGUUUUGUGUCUGGCCCUGAAUAGUGUCUUUUCCGUGAUAUUACGGGAGUUUGUCCUUUGGCCCUGAUAGAUAGUAAUAAAAAAAAGUAGAAUGAAUCGUGCCAAGACUGCAGUACAUGUGGUUAAUUUAGGACGAAUAUCUUAUCGCCGUGCCUUGGAGGUACAGCAACAGUAUGUCAGGCGUCACCGGGAUUCGCCGAAUCAGCCUCCGAACACGUUGCUCUUGUGUGAACAUCAACCCGUCUACACAAUAGGCAUCAGACAAGCACCUUACCCCCCCGAAGAGGAAGAUAGACUGAAAGAUCUGGGUGCAGAAUUCUUUCGGACCAAUCGCGGGGGCCUCAUAACGUUUCACGGACCGGGUCAGUUAGUGUGUUAUCCCAUUCUGAACCUGGGCUGUUUUAAGAAGAGUGUGCGGUGGUAUGUGUGCGAACUUGAAAGAACAGUCAUUGGAAUGUGUGGCAAAUUUGGCAUCAAAGCCACUACAUCACCUGACACCGGUGUAUGGGUAGAGGAUAACAAGAUUUGUGCCAUUGGCAUCCAUUGUGGCAGAUAUAUCACCUCUCAUGGCUUGGCCCUGAAUUGCAACACAGACAUGGCUUGGUUUAAUCAUAUAGUUCCUUGUGGGAUUGUGGGUAAAGGUGUCACCUCACUCAGCAGAGAACUUGGUCGUGAUGUCACUAUUGAAGAAGCCACCCCAAAAUUACUGGAAGCUUUUAGCGAACGCUUCAGCUGCACUCUGACAGUUGACGGUAGUGCAGAUAAACAGAUACAUGUGAAAUAACGCAAUGAGACACACUUUAUUUUAAACGUAUUACAACAAAUACAGUCGUUGCUUUUAAGUAUUUUGCCUACUCUGUCAAUCAAAACAGCAGAAUGAUGCUGUAAAAAAAAGGCAUGCUGUCAGUUUAUGAAAAUGUCAUGAUAAAUUUCAAAUUCAGUCCAUCACGCAAGUCCUGUGGGCCUGGAUUCAACCACGUUGCUAAACACUUGUUGUUGGAGCCAUUUAUUUGAUCAUUUAUUAUAAUGCUUAAACGAAUAAAUUCUUUUGUAUUUCUGUUCUGUGAGUAUGUGGCCUCUACAGAUCAAAAGGUCUUUAAAUAGGAAAAGGAGGAGGCAGAGGGUGUGGCUGACUAGGUGCACACAGGUUUUGACCUUGUAGUUGCUGGCUUAU